AUGGCAAACCCGGAGUCAGGGACUGUCGAACUUCCUAGGGAUCUUUUAGAGCUCGUAACGGUUCUGGGCCGUGACUUCCAGAAAUAUGCAAUCGACAAUCGCAUAUACUUCAGCCCUGUCGACGAUGAUGAGGCAGAUCGCCUCGAACUUCAGCAGCGCGUCUUCAACUUGUUAUUCGACGACCGCCUUAUAUUUCCACCAAUUCAUAACCCUCAAAGGGUAUUGGAUUGUGGAUAUGGAACGGGCAACUGGGUAGUCGAAGUCGCCGAACAGUAUCCAAAUUGCGAGGUGAUCGGAGUAGAUAUAUCUCCCCAUUUGCGACCAGAUGACAUGCCUGACAACUUGUGGUUGCAGGCAGAUGACCUGAAUUGCCCCUUCACCUUUCCUUCUCGGCACUUCGACCUUGUCCACUCGAGACUUGUGGCCUCCGGAAUCAACAAGACACGGUGGCAGUCAUAUGUCAAGGACCUUGCACGAGUCACGAAACGUGGCGGCUGGGUUCAAAUGGUUGAAAUAUAUUUCAACGUCCAAUCCGAUAACGGGUCGAUAACUGACCAGCACGCGCUGAGGCAAUGGAGUAGUAAAUACAUAAGAUCUCUGGAGGAUCUGAAGGAUUUGCGUGUGGGCCCAAGACUUGGAACUCUGUUGAGAGAAGCUGGUCUGGUGGAAGUUGACACUAGAAUGAUACAGCUGCCGCUGUCUGCCUGGCCCAGUGACCCCAGAAUGCGGCAAAUCGGUGCACUCAAUCGCGAUAAUGUGCAUAGAUUCCUAUCAUCGAUGGCCUUGUACCCGUUGACACAGCGGCUGCACAUGUCAGAGCAGGAGUUUGAGGAUUUAAUCGCCAGAGCUCGACAAGAGGCAGAUGACCAUUCUCUGAAAGCAUACUUUCCUCUUCAGAUGAUCCUUUCAUACACGCAAAUUCUCAGAUUAAAGAAUUCUCAGAACAUUUGCCGACUUGACCCUGAUAAACUUUGGUUGGCGUUGCAGCUUCGUCACAGGCUGGCCCACAAUCUAGAUCCUCACAUGCCUUGGGAAGAGAAUGCAGGAGCUGUCAUGCCGGACAUGUAUGACAAGACUGCUAGACAGCAAGAUGUUAUGCGCUGGAAGCGGAUGCGCCAAACUGGCUCAACACGAGAGAUUGCCAGACUGGUUCUGCCACUCGAAUGGCUGGGCUCGAGUGGUGGGCAGAAAGGGUUGAGGAGGGGUACUGGAAUACGGCGAUCUCUUGAGACGGUAGAUGCUCUGGGAGGAGGUGGAGGGCAUUACUUAAGGGGCAGACAGCAGAGCGUGCACACGCAGCCAGCGACCGGCGUGUCCCAUGACUGCCAUCAGCUACCAGGCACGGGAAGGGGCGUGGCUGCAGUGACAUCGGCGCGUUGGAACCUACAUCUGGCCGUCACGCAGCCUGUGCGAAGGAGCAAUCGUCCGGACGCAGUUCGAGGCCGCCGUGUCUUGUGGGAUGGGAUACCCUCUCGAAACUAA